GCCGUUCUCAUGCUUUAAGACUGGAGUGGACGAAAGAGGGCGGAGUGUGUUUGUCAUCCAAAUGUAAAGUACUGACUCCCUGCCUCCGAAAAAUAGGAUUCUUUUUCUCUCUUUCUCAUUCGAUCACGUCUGUUGGGGUCCAGCAUCAUAUUGGGAGGAGAGCGUCGGGGAUCCUGCACAUCUGCUGCGCUCCUGCAAGGAGACACAAGACCGAAUCGGCAUCACUUACACAAACAACACCAAUUCACCUGAGGGGAAAGGGAUUACUGAUGCAAUAAUUGUCUUCUGGCGAGGAAUCAGGUGUCAGAAAUGCGUGAAAAUCCACAGGUGAAAAUGCUGUGCUGAUUUAAUUCAUUCCAGCUGUGAUUUCUCGCAUCAGAUUUGGUGAACUGAAGCUGGUAAGGUAAAAGAGCGGGAUUGAAGGAUAUGGCCAUAAUCCGGAUAUCGUUACUCUUGCAAGUGGGUUUUGUUAUAGGAUCGAAUUAUAGAUAUGUGGAAUAUGAUCGGGACCUAAAAGCAAAGCUGCCUAUUUAUAAUACGCACAACUACCAGCAAGCGCACCUCCGGAAGCCCCAUUCGGGUUUAGCGCAGAAGACCGAGGAACAGGUACCCAGAGUGGUGAGUGCGUUUCUGCACACGGGGGAUUCCUCCACCUUAAAUCACGGCAACUGUUCAAGGAGAUAUGAGCUGGCGGUGUUGCGGGGAAGGACGCGCGGAGACGCGCAUCAAUCCAUGCGCAGCGUCCUGGACACGGUCCUUCACGCCACAAACUUCCUUAACAUGAUCCUACAAACGAACAGGUCCAGAGAUCAUAGCCCCAGACGCGAUAUGGAGUGGUACCACGCUCUGGUCAGGAGUAUCCUGGAGGGAGACACCAAGAUCCAUCGAGCAGUGGUCACCUUGAGCACCGAGUCCCCUCCUGAAGGGCCACCUGUUUACCUUCAGGCCACACGGGCAGGUGGAGAGAUCAUUCUCCAGGAUUUAUCUAGCACUGCCCACCAUAUACUGAAGAACAGAACGGCUGAUACCGAGUGGUACCAUGAGCAUAAAAAUAAAAAGAAGACCCAUCUCCAAAAACGAGUGCUGAGUCAAGAUUUUGCCACUUUUGACGCGUCUGUGCGCAGUGGAGAAAGUUAUAUUACCGACAAAACUCAAAUUCACUGGUCAGCUCCGUAUUUGGAGUGUGAAAAUGGGAAUUUCAUUCCCAGAUGGCUCGUGACACUGUCUGCUGGCUUCUAUGGCCUUAAACCCAACCGGAAUCCAGACUUCAGGGGUGUUGUUCGAGUGGACGUCAGCCUGCAGGAUGUGGAUAUUGAUCAGUGCUCUGGAGAUGGCUGGUUUGCAGAUGCCUGGCCACACAGGUGCAACCUCACCACUAUGGAGUGUUUGCCAAUCCCAGGUCAUGGAUUUGUGCUGGACAAGUAUAAAUGUCACUGCAAAAGUGGCUUUUAUCAUCCAAGCAGAGUUGCAGUCAAUGGCUUUAAAAGGAAAGAAACUGGGAAGCGCAAGGAGAGUUUGCCACAUCACAGGGAUGUUCCAGAAAGUUCCAGUCACUGUCUGCCCUGCCAAGAAGGCUGCGCUUUCUGCAAGGACGACACGCCCUGUGUGGCCCGGGGUGACGGCGCCCUGCGUAUGGCGGUGCUCUCCUUCCAGGGCUUGUGCAUGCUGGUGGAUUUCAUCAUUAUGGUGCUGCUCUACCAUUUCCGCAGGAACAAGAGUAUCAGAGCAUCAGGACUCAUCCUGUUAGAGGCCAUCUUGUUUGGAGCGCUCCUCCUGUACUUUCCGGUGGUGAUUCUGUACUUCCAGCCGAGUGUCUUCCGCUGUAUUCUACUACGAUGGGUUCGUCUGCUCGGAUUUGCCACUGUCUAUGGAACGGUCACUCUCAAACUCUACAGGGUCCUCAAGGUGUUCCUGUCUCGUACAGCCCAACGGAUCCCCUACAUGACCAGCUGGAGAGUGUUACGUCUACUGUGUGUCAUCCUGCUGAUUGUGUUAUGGUUCGCAAUAGCCUGGACCGCCGCUGUUUGUCAGAAUUCAAGCAGACAUCUCGCUCUCAUCAGUGUAGGCUUCACCACUGAUGGGCUACAGUUCAGCAUGUGUCUGCUGGACCGUUGGGACUACAUGAUAGCUGUGGCUGAGUUCCUGUUCCUCCUGUGGGGUGUGUAUCUGUGUUUUGCGGUGAGGACAGUCCCCUCAGCGUUUCAUGAACCACGCUACAUGGCCAUCGCAGUGCACAAUGAGCUCAUCCUCUCUGCCAUAUUCCACAUUUUAAGGUUCACUCUUGCCCCUGAACUGCACCCGGACUGGAUGUUGAUGCUAUUCUUUGCUCAUACACACUUGACAGUGACUGUCACUUUGGGGUUACUGCUUGUGCCAAAGUUCUUGUUUGCGGGUACACAUCUAAGGGAUGACAUUGCUACAGAGGCCUAUGAAGAUGAAUUGGACAUGGGCCGGUCAGGGUCAUACCUGAAUAGCAGCAUCACGUCCGCCUGGAGUGAGCACAGUCUGGAUCCAGAGGAUAUUCGGACACCAGAGGAAAUGGGCCAGCUAAGUUCUAUUAAUGGCUGUGGCGUAAGGUCUUGCGACAGUCUUUGGGAAAAACGUACCAACGAAGAGCUGAAGAAACUCUACUCCCAGCUGGAGAUAUAUAAGAGGAAAAAGAUGCUGGCCAACAAUCCUCACCUGCAGAAGAAACGCAGCUCCAAAAAGGGCCUAGGUCGCUCCCUCAUGCGCCGCAUCACUGAGAUUCCAGAGACAAUGGGCCGCCAAUGUAGCCGUGAGGACAAGGACCUGGGUGAACAUGGGAGUAACCGCAACAGCAUCUGUGUCUUGAGAAAGAACCCUUUCGAUCCUUCUCACUCUCUUAAACCUGCCAAAGAUGAAUCUUUGAAGAGCAAAGUUUUCUCCCUCAAAAAGUCCCACAGCAGUUAUGACCAUGUUCGGGACCACAGUGAGGAUUCCAGCAGUUCAGUAACUGACAAGAUGGAAGUCACAAACACGGAAGGCUCCCUUCUUGAAACCCUAAUGGGCAAGAAGUUGGUCAAAAAGUCCUCAGAGAAGAUUGAUGCAGCCAGUGAGUCAACAGAGUCUGUUCCCCUGGUGUGUAAGUCAGCCAGCGCUCACAACCUGACAGCUGAUAAGAAACCUAUUCACCCUAGAACAUCCAUGCUGCAGAAAUCUCUAAGCGUCAUUGCCAGUGCCAAAGAGAAAACUCUUGGUCUAACAGGAAAGGCCCAAGCAGUGGAGGAUCCAACCAAGAAGGCUAAUCAAAAGAACAAGGAUGCCAAGACCCCAACAGAAUCUGAAGAAAAGGAGGGUUAUCCAAAGAUGAUUGUCAGUCAGUCAGUGGAGUACAAGCAGACAGCUGCCAAAACUGGUAUAAUGAAGCAACAGAUGAGCGGAAGCCAGCCCUCAAUUUGCUCAGAAACAGCCAAGGGGAAAGACCUGUAUGACCUCUCAGAGGUGUGCCCAUGGGAAGUGGAGGACUUGCCAACUCCCUCCGAAAACAAGGUCCAAAAACAUGUGUCUAUUGCCCCUGAGCAGACCACCACAGUCCAUGGAAGUAGCAACAAGGCGACAAAGUCACAACAGCAAAAGCAGAAAGGCACAGAGCAGUCACCCUCCAUGUCCAAGCGUCCAACUCAGAAAGCUGCUGAUAGAGCAGACAUAUGUCCGUGGGAGGAAGGAAAUGAGGACCAUGGUCAGGCAGUGGGCCCAAAGCCUCACUCAUGUAGUAAGCCUGUCAUGUCCAAACCCCAUGCUUCUGGAGAGGUUGCCAAGGUUCUAAAAGCUGAUGUUUGUCCAUGGGACUUUGAGGAAGUGUUAAGCAAUCCAAAGGACACUCCAGGGGAUUGCUCCCCUGAUCAGAGCAGACCAAGAAAGGCCACCACACCAACUGAGAUCAAAGGGAAAAUAAGCUCUUCACCCUCUGAAGUCAAGGGCAAGGGUACAACGCCCACAGAGGGUAAAGCAAAGAACAUUUUCUCAGAGCCUACUAAAUCCACAGGCAGUACACUACAGCCACCAUUUAAAGCAGAAGUGUGUCCAUGGGACUUUGAGGCUGUGUCAGGUCCCAUCUCUGAAAUAAACCCUUGUUCUUCUCAGGUUUCUAAAACAAAGGAGACCCGUGCUAUAAAGAAGGGAACUUCUCCUGUGAGAAUAUCAGAGAUGGAGAGAGAGAAUGCUAAGGGUCCUGAUGAAGACAAAAUUAAAUCAAAUGCAAGAGACAAGUUAACCUCUGGAAAAACGAAAGAAAGACCUGUUAGCCAGUCUAAACUGGCUGAGGUUUGUCCAUGGGAUGCUGAUAGCAGUCAAGAAAUUGUCUCAAUGGAAAAACAAAAAAGCCCAAAUGUUGCAUUAGGAAAAAGCAAGCAAGCAGAAGUAUGCCCUUGGGAUUAUGAAGAUGCUGCAACUAGUAAAGAAGUCAACCAGAGCACCAGUUCAUCCGCUGGCAAACAGAAAAGUUCAAAUUCCAAAGGCAGAGUUAGUAGUGGUCUUAAAAUGUCAGAUGUCUGCCCCUGGGACUUUGAUGACCAAGGAUCAUCAAAAAAGGCAUAACACUUUACCUGAGAGAACCAUUAGUUAGUCCUCAUUAUAUGUGCUUUUUCUUUCAUAAAUACACCAUGGAAUGAAAACUCUAGUAGAAUUUAUGGUGAUUUGGAGAAGAAAAUUAACGUUGCACAAGCUGCCUUUCUCUUCAAUCUUUUGUUUUCCCUUUGUGUGUAUUAUUAUUAUUUUUUUAUUACUAUUACUAUUAUUAUUUGGAAUAAAAGGGAAAAACACACACACACACAAAAAAAAAAAAAAAAAAAAAAAUGCAACAACUCACCAGGCAUUCCAGAUUUUAAACUAUUGGUUGAACCUUUAAAUAGAAAUGGUAGUUUACAAUUAUGCAACUCUUUAUGUGCAAUGUAAACAAGAUGCCUAUGCUCACCACAUGUAUCCUCAUUAACAUUUGAACUGUCAUAACAGCUGCAUCUGUAGCCUCUCCUUGACUGUGGCUUCCACAAAAGAUUGUACAAGUUCUUGUUAGAUAGGUGUGGACCAUGCAUGAAGUGUCAUGGAGUAAGCCUGAUCCAUUUUCUUGUUUUCAUUUGUUUUACAAAUUAUUAUCUGGUUUAAAUAAAAAUGAAUAUUUGCCAAAGAUAGAGGUAAAAUCCAAUAAAUCUAAGAACUCAAACCUCAACAACAUAAUAGAGACACAACAUUUGUACAGUGAGCCGAAUUCAUGCGGCUGCUAGAAAAUUAGCCUGUAGCACUUUAGUAAAGAACAUGCUUAGAGACACAGAUGUAAACUGGACAGAACUCCAUUCAUAUUUGCCCUUGUUUGUUGUUUGGCCUAGCUGUUUUAUGCCAUUCUGCGAUCAUAUGUGCACUUCUGCGAUCAUAUGUGCACAUCUGCAAAAUUUUAAGUUAUCUAAAACGCUAGAAAAAAUUUAACAUUUCCAAUGCUUCCAAAUUUGCUGAUAUGUUAUCCUGAAUGUGCCUAUUUAAAUAGUCCCGUACCAGUCUUACUUUGUAUUGGGAGAUGUGAAACCUUUGUCAUAACCCACGUUACAAAAACUUAUUGAAAUCAGCAUCUUAUUUUUGAAAAGAAAUGAAGUUUAGUUUAUAUAUUAGAAAUGUUGCAAAAUUGUAAAUGCUUUGAAAAAAGUGUGCUAUGGAAAAAAAGUCCACUACUUAGUUCAUGGGACCAUAGAUAUAAUUUAUCUCAGCGUAGGGCACAAUCAUUAAGAUUUACGCCUAUAAUGUCUUUCCUUUUUGUCUUUUACAAUUAGAACACUCAUGACAAUACAUGAAAUCAAAUUCCAGUCUAUCUCUUAUCAAAUUCCAACCUAAGCCUCAAUUUCUUUUAUAUGUAUCUGGUACCCUUAAACAUGAUGAUUACAUCAGUUCACAAAUAAAAUCUUGCUCUUACCGUAUUUAUUUAUUUUUUUACAUUUAUCGAUUUCUAUCGAAACAUACCCAGUGAUCGCUGAUGUGAAUUCAAAUUACUGUUGGAAUGUUAACAUAUCUUGUAUGCCUUUUCAGCACAUGGUCAUUGGUAAUCUGUAAUGAUGUCAAGGUAAUGGUGUCACAACACAUGAGGCAUGAACUGUUGUACAGGUUGAUGCCUAGUUAUGAGAUGUUUGUAUAAAUGUCGACAUAUUGCGAUCGCAAACUAUUUUGACCCAAACUUACAGUAGCUAAAUGGUUUUUAAAUGUAUUGACAGAUUCUUGUGUUUUGUAUGUGCACAAUAUAAAUUAGCAAGAAUACAGAAUAAAUGGUUUUGCCAUGUAUAGAUGUUAUAGCUACCAAAGAGGUUAAAAAAUUUCCCUAAAUAUAUCAUUCUUGGCAUUGUGUGAAAUCAAAUGACGUCCCAUUUCUCCAGAGUGGGGUAAUGUAUCAAUGACCUCUGGUCACAAUUUAACUUACAAAACUAAAAUUAUCUUUCCAUGCUCAUAUUUACAUUGGUCAUUCCUCUUCGGCAGUAUUUUUAUAUAUAUAUAUAUAUAUA